UCCAUUGCAGCUAAUCGAACACAAACACAUGAAUACAGACACGCUCCUGCUGUACCCAAGCCGAAGACAGCCAGGCACAGAGACCUACUACAGUGAGCGCGCGCGCGCGCGCACACACACACACACACACACACACACACCAGCUUGCGGGGUUGGCCAGAGCCUUGGAGUCUCAGAUUCCACUAGGAACUCGCCAGAGGGAUUGGAAUAAGUGUUGCUCUCCCCACACUAAUUACUACUUCCCCAGGCACUUUAGUGAAGAAAUGAAUCCCGCCCAGCCCGCCGGCACAUCCAGGUCUCGGUUCUAUUUUGGUCUCCAGACUUAUCUUCGUGAAGUCCAGAUCAAGGGAGAAAGCAAGGCGGAGGCUGGCUUUGGACUCUAAGCGGUGCGCAGCUCGCGCCGGAGUGGCCGACCCAGAACCCGCGAAGGGUUCCUCGCUCCAGCUAGCCAAAUCGCAGCCAGGGGUGACCACAGGAGCUAAACCAACAGCAGGGAGAAGAUAAAGAGCAACCCUGGGGCCAAAGCAUGUUUCCCAGUACUGAGUACGGAGAUGCUGAAGGAAAGGAGAGUUCUGGCUGAUGCAGGUUGAAGUUCUCUUGUCUCUGGCGAAUAGGUGUCACUCAAAGGUUGUUAGCAACAUGAGAGCAGGGUCUGGAUCUUACCUGUUCAAGAGUGUAUCUCCAGCGCCCAAUGCCUGGCCUAACUAAGUCAACUCAUAUAGCUUAAAUGUUGAUUUGGCUACUUGGCUACUGAACACAAAAUGAAUAACUCAACAAACUCCUCUAAUAAUGGCCUGGCUAUUACCAGUCCUUAUAAGACAUUUGAAGUGGUUUUUAUUGUCCUUGUGGCUGGAUCCCUCAGCUUGGUGACUAUUAUUGGAAAUAUCCUGGUCAUGGUUUCCAUUAAAGUCAACCGCCACCUCCAGACAGUCAACAACUACUUUUUGUUCAGUUUGGCCUGUGCUGACCUCAUCAUAGGUGUUUUCUCCAUGAACUUGUACACCCUCUACACUGUGAUCGGCUACUGGCCUCUAGGACCUGUGGUGUGUGACCUUUGGCUAGCCUUGGACUAUGUGGUCAGCAAUGCCUCCGUCAUGAAUCUGCUCAUCAUCAGCUUUGACAGGUACUUCUGUGUCACCAAACCUCUGACCUACCCCGUUAAGCGGACCACGAAAAUGGCAGGGAUGAUGAUAGCAGCUGCUUGGGUCCUGUCCUUUAUCCUCUGGGCUCCGGCCAUUCUCUUCUGGCAGUUCAUUGUAGGGGUGAGAACUGUGGAGGAUGGGGAAUGCUACAUUCAGUUCUUCUCCAAUGCCGCCGUCACCUUUGGUACCGCCAUUGCAGCCUUCUAUCUGCCAGUGAUCAUCAUGACUGUGCUGUAUUGGCAUAUAUCCCGAGCCAGCAAGAGCAGGAUAAAGAAGGAGAAGAAGGAGCCCGUGGCCAACCAAGAUCCAGUUUCUCCAAGUCUGGUGCAAGGAAGAAUAGUGAAGCCAAAUAAUAACAACAUGCCCGGCAACGAUGGUGGCCUGGAACACAACAGAAUCCAGAAUGGCAAGGCCACCAGAGAUGCUGUGACCGAGAACUGCGUCCAGGGGGAAGAGAAAGAGAGCUCCAACGAUUCCACCUCGGUCAGUGCUGUGGCUUCCAAUAUGAGAGAUGAUGAAAUAACCCAGGAUGAAAACACAGUUUCCACUUCCUUGGGCCAUUCCAAAGAUGAGAACUCGAAGCAAACAUGCAUCAAAAUUGUCACCAAGACCCAAAAAGGUGACUCCUGUGCGCCAACUAAUACCACUGUGGAGCUAGUUGGGUCUUCUGGUCAGAACGGAGAAGAAAAACAGAACAUUGUAGCCCGCAAGAUUGUGAAGAUGACCAAGCAGCCUGCAAAGAAGAAGCCUCCUCCUUCCCGGGAAAAGAAAGUGACCAGGACAAUCUUGGCUAUCCUGUUGGCUUUCAUCAUCACCUGGGCCCCAUACAAUGUCAUGGUGCUCAUUAACACCUUCUGUGCACCAUGCAUCCCCAACACAGUGUGGACCAUUGGUUAUUGGCUCUGUUACAUCAACAGUACUAUCAACCCCGCCUGCUAUGCACUGUGUAAUGCCACCUUCAAGAAGACCUUUAAACACCUUCUCAUGUGUCAUUACAAGAACAUAGGUGCAACAAGGUAAAACACCUUUGAAAAGAAGGGAAAUGGUCAGGGGAGCUUGGGAAGUAUAAAGAGGAUAAAAGAGCUCCUACUAUUAAAAUCUCUGCCCUUGCACUUUAUGGUCUUAUUAUGGAAUGGAAAAUAAGGAGCUCCACAGUGACCCUCUUUUCAUGCCAUAGCUCCAGUUUGAAAAAAACAAAAAAAAAACCUUUCACCUUAUAAACACUGUCAGUUUAGGAGCAACGAGACAAUAAAAGAGGCAUGUUGGAACUGUGCAUUUAAGGAACAAUCUAGGCUGCCGUACUCUCUUGAAGAAGGGCUUCUGAAUCUACAAAUCUGUCAGUCUCUGCACAAAAGAAAAACCUAUUCAUUUUUGUUGUUUCUCUUUCCUUUUGUUCUCAUGUGUCCCUGUGAGGACGAAAUGCCAGAAUACACACUAAUGUGGAGACUUCAGUAUAGAGAAAUGGACUUUAUACAACGGGCAAGUGAAGAAAAGAAAUCCAAAAGGCUGCAGAAACAGUCUCCAGAGUAUUAAGCAGAUUCUCUUCUUUUGGUAUGAUAUUAUUUGGAGGACCACACUACAAUCAGCGCUUUUUUUUCCCCCACCUGUCUCUUUUUCCAUCCAUGCAAUGCAAACAAACAAAAACCCAUCUAGAUGACACCAUUUAUUUUUAUUAUGGUCUAGGUUUGCACUUGUCCAUUCUACAUGGCAUAAUGGUAGUACCUGUAGGACUUUCAUCCAAUCCAUCCAGAGACAGCUGGAACACGGGCACUUCACCCCUCCUCACUGCAUCUUUGGCCUUCCUGGGAGUCAGAAAUUCUAUAAGGCUUUAAUUCACUUAUGAUCCUAUGUGUAGAACAUUUCCUUCUACAGUAGCCUUUUAUUUUAACAGAAUAGUCUCCCUAACACAUAAACAUUCUUGAGAAAUCAAAGUCAUCCUAAAGUUGAGAUUUCCUCAAAUUAAAAAAUGGACAGUCCAGCUGGAGAAAGUGUACAGAUGCCAGAUGAAUUUUGAGAUGAGAAGAUAGAAGGUUAGAGUUGUUUUCUGUUUGAACCUGAAUCUGCCUGACCCAAGUAUGAAAUGUUAACUUGUAUAAUACAAACUCCUGAUAUUUUCAGCAGCUUUUUUCAUUGAGAUUUCUAAACAAGGCUAGUUUACUUAGUCUCAGAAGAGUCAAAUCUUCAAUUCAUUGCCCAAUCAUGGUGAAUAUUCAAAUUAUUAUCAAAUUAGGUUGCAUAACUAUACUAGUACCUGUUGGAAGGAGAAAAAAAUCAGAAAUACUUAUCUGAAAGUACAUAUUUCAUAUUCCUCAACUUGCCAACUUUCCCUAAGAUUAUUUAACACAAAAUUCUCUGGUUUUAGUAGAAUUGAAGUACUCUUUGUGAUCCAAAUGUAGCAGUUAACCAACAGACUCUCCGAACAUGACAGAAGAAUGUAGGUGGAUAUUCCCUGUCUCUUCUCACUAAUUCUAGACCAUAAAAAAGUCAGGUCAGGAAUAAUUAUACUGGUAUUACAUGAAACUUGUCCAUGUACAAACAUGUUAUUUUGUAGCACAAAAAGUGUAGUAUAAAUUGAUUCACAUUUCAUUAGUUAUUUUAAACCUUCAUAUAUUUUCUUACAUUAUUCUCUAUAGUCUUCCAAUCAUAUUUUAUACAGAUGACCCAAUGGAUAGAAAUUAAAUUUGUAAAUUUUAUUUCAAAUGUCAUAUAUUGCAUUUACGAUUCAUGACUACACAAUAUCUUGCCCCGAUAUGAUGUGGUAGGUCAUGUGAGUUACAUGACAAAUUUGUCAGCC